AUGGCCAAUGUACAUACAUUACAAGAUAUCAACUCAAAAGGGCAUCAGCUUGGGAGUAUGCGUGAAAAAGAGCUUGAAGAAAAAUUAAAUUUUGCAAUCAAUUCUAUAGAUGAAACAAAUGAUCCUAGCAAAAAAUUGCUGGAUAAAUAUUCCGAUCAAGAGAAAAGUUUCAAACGGGAAAAAAAGACUUGGUCUCUAGAAAGAAAAGGUUUAAAUCGUGAAUUAACACCAGAACUUAUAUUUAUUCCAGAAAAAAUGGAAGAGGUGAAUUAUUUCCAAUCUGGAAUAAAGUUAUUGGAAGAGGAAUUAUUUUCAGCUCAGAAUGAUUCAUCUCUAAUAAAAUCUGAGUUUUUGUCCCUCAAAUCUAAAUUAGCUGAAUUGGAACAUAUGAAUAAUGAAUUGGUGCAAACGAAAGAUGAAUUAUCUUUAAAAGUCGGUGAGGUGGAACGUUUAAAAUUGGAAGCCAUAUCUCGUCAGGUAGAAUUACAAUCAGAUGAAUCAAUUGUUGGAGGUAAUGAGCCUCAGGUUGAUGAAUACAAAAUACCUGGUAUAUCGGCUAAUAAUAAACCUAUAAUGAAUCUUCGUAAAUAUUUACGCAAGGAUAUUUUAGAAAAAAAUAGCGAAGCUAGCACAGCUAAAAUGCCUGAAGGAAAUGUGACUCCGCAAGUUGCAAAACAGAUAAACAUUCUCAGUGGAAAUAUUCCCAACUCUCCUUUGGAUAAAUCGAAUUCCGAGAUUUCAGUGGGGGGAAUAGAAGCAAUUCCUGCUAUGGCAAGCGUAAUAAUUUCGUUUUCAUUAUGA